AUGUGUGGUAUAUUUGGAGUAAACGGGUUAAAAAACCCAGCGGAGUAUAGAAGCAAAUGUAUAGAAUGCGCUAAGGCUAUUAGACAUCGUGGUCCUGAUUGGUCUGGUGUUCAUCAAGGCAAAGACUUUAUCGUCGCACACGAAAGAUUAGCCAUCGUCGGUGUCGACACAGGCGCUCAACCAAUCGUUAGCGAGGACGAAAAGAUCAUCCUCGCAGUAAACGGUGAAAUUUACAACCACAAGCAACUUAGACAGGGUUUGAAGAACCAAGAUGCUUUAUUCAAGACUCACUCCGAUUGUGAAGUUAUCAUCCACUUGUAUCGCGAACACGGCAUUCAAGCGCCAGCGCUCCUUGACGGAAUGUUCAGCUGGACUUUAUUCGACACCAACUACCCAGAAACGAGGGUUAUCGCUGCUAGAGACCCUAUCGGUAUUACAACACUCUACCAAGGUUGGAACUCCAGUAAACCAGGCGCUGUUUACUUCGCCUCUGAAUUGAAAUCUUUGCACACUGAAUGUGACAAGAUUAUCGCUUUCCCACCUGGACACGUUUACGAUUCCCUCACAGGCAAAACUGAGCGUUACUACAACCCACCAUGGUGGAACGGUGAUAACGAGGAUGCACCUGCACCAACUCAACCUGCCGAUUUGAAAAUCUUGAGGGAAAGUUUAGAAAAUGCCGUUCGUAAGCGUCUCAUGAGUGAAGUUCCUUACGGUGUUCUUCUCUCAGGUGGCUUAGAUUCAUCUCUCAUUGCUGCUAUUGCUGCUAGAGAAACUGAAAAAGUUCAGAAAGCUCAAUAUGAAGCACGUAAAGCGCGUCUUGAAGGCACUACCGGUCCAUCAAAGUAUCCAGAACAAGAUGAAGAACGUACCUUAGCUGCAUGGCCUACCCUUCACUCUUUCUCUAUUGGUUUACCAGGUUCACCAGAUUUACUUGCUGCUCGUAAGGCUGCUGCAUUCUUGGGUACAACGCACCACGAAUUUACCUUCACCGUUCAAGAUGGUAUUGAUGCGCUUAAAGAUGUUAUCUACCACCUCGAAACUUAUGAUGUUACUACCGUUAGAGCAUCUACACCAAUGUACUUGAUGUCUAGAAAGAUCAAAGCUAUCGGUGUCAAGAUGGUACUCUCUGGUGAAGGUUCAGAUGAAAUUUUCGGUGGCUACCUCUACUUCCACGCUGCACCAUCAAGAGAAGCAUUCCAUCAAGAAUUAGUUAAACGUAUUAAGAACUUACACACGGCUGACUGUUUACGUGCUAACAAGUCUACUAUGGCAUGGGGUUUGGAAGCUAGAGUUCCUUUCCUUGAUAAGAGCUUCCUUAACGAAGCUAUGGCUGUUGAUCCACAAGAAAAGAUGUUCAACAAGGAUACAUUAAAAAAUCUCGAUGCUGAAGGAAGAUCGAGAAUGGAAAAGUACAUCAUACGUAAAGCAUUCGAUAUUGAAGUUGACGGUAAACCAUAUCUCCCAGAAUCCAUCUUGUGGCGUCAAAAAGAACAGUUUAGUGAUGGUGUUGGUUAUUCCUGGAUUGAUGGUAUCAAGGAUUUCACUGCUGAGCAAGUAUCCGAUGAAAAAUUCGAAAAGCGUGCGGAACGUUUCCCUCACGACACACCAGACACCAAGGAAGCAUACUGGAUUAGAGAGACGUUUGAAAGCUUAUUCCCAUCGAAGACGGCUGCUGAAACAGCAGUUAGAUGGAUUCCAAAAGGUGAAUGGGGAUGUUCAGCUGACCCAAGUGGUCGUAGUGUCAGUAUUCAUGAAAAAGCAUACUAG